UGCCCCCAAAGGGCCCCUCCUUGGGCCGCGCACCAGAAGUUACUCUUGCCCAGCUGUCACUCUUGCGUGUAGCCUUACGUCUGGCCUGUCCCUCUACAGGAGGAAUAUCCAAAGACAGAGAAUCGUCUGGGGACGAUCUGUUGAUGAUUGUGUGAUUGUUUGGGAGUCUAUUUCUAGUGCUGUCGAUUGUUCGUCCAGCAUUCCCCUGUAGGGGGGCAUGCCUUUCCUAUGCAGCCGAGAGGAGAUCGACUCCGCGGAGCGGUUCGACCCUGCCACGGGGGUGUGGGAGGCGCUGCCGCCCAUGCGCGAGAGGCGCGCCUCGCUCUUCGCGGCGGCCCUCGCGGGCAGGCUCUACGUCUGCGGGGGCCAGCGCGGCGGCGAGGCCCUGCGCUCCUGCGAGCGCUUCGACCCCGCCGCGGGGUGCUGGGAGCGGCUGCCGGACAUGGGGCAGCCGCGUCGGGGUGCUGCGGCGGCGGUGCUGCGUGGGCGGCUGUGCGUCUGCGGAGGCACCCCGGACGACGUGCACGCCGCGUCGGCGGAGUCGCUGGGCCCCGAGGACGGCGCGUGGCGCGCCCUGGAGCCUCUCGCCCAGGGCCGCAGGGAGCCCGCCUCCGCGGUGCUCGACGAGUGCCUCUAUGUCUGCGGCGGCGCCUGCGCCUCUGGAUGCCUCAGGUCCGUCGAGGCAUUCGACUCCCGCGACGGCGCCUGGCGCCAAGUGGCCCCGAUGUCCGUGGAGCGCCGGCACGCGGCCGCUGUCGUGGCGCUCGGCAAGCUGUACGUCUGCGGUGGCGAGGGCGGCCACCGGCACCACCGCUCCGCGGAGCUCUUCGACCCCGCUCGCGGCUUCUGGGAGGCCCUGGCGCCCAUGGCCGUGGCGCGAGCCAGCCCUGCCGCGGCGGUUCUGGACGGGCGCGUCUGCCUGGUCGGCGGCCACAGCGGCGCGGGCUUCAUCAGCGAGGCGGAACGCUUUGACCCCCUGUCUCGGCGUUGGGAGGCCCUUGGCCCGCUCUCCGCCCGCCGCGGCUCCGCCUCCGCGGCGGUGCUGGGCGGGCGGCUGUACAUCGUGGGCGGGCGCGACGGCGCCGAGCUCCGGCGGUCGGUGGAGAGGUUGGACCCUGCGGCCGGCGUGUGGGAGCUCCUGGCGCCCAUGAGGAGCCGGCGCGCCGGCGCCAGUGCCUGUGCCCUGUGGUGUGCCGGCCACGCCGCUGCAGCGCCGGCGGGUGGCCGUCCGCCCGGCGCCGCGUCGUCGGCCGCUGACAGGGGCGCGGGCGUCCAGCGCCAGGGCGGCGUUGACCUCGGCGUGCCCCUGGAGGUGCAGGGCCCGGGGCGCAAAGCCGGUGGCGUGCGGCUGGCCAGUGUUCGCCACCUGCUCCUGGGGAUGCCGCCGUGUCGUUGCUCUCUCUCUCUCUCUCUCUCCCUCGCUGUCUCUCUCUCUCUCUGCCUCUCUGCCUCUCUCUAUCUUUCUCUCUCGCGCUUU